CAAUUUAAUCCUCAUCCCAACUGGCAUUUUUGAUUCAUUCUCACAAACAGCUGAAUGGGAAAUUAAAUAGGCGAGUCCGAGUCAGGACAAAACAAGUCUAAGAUUUGUGUCCAAAUUAUUCACCUAUUUUCUUUCUUUUUAAAUUCACUCCACACCCUCCUAUAUAUUUACAUUAACUUUUGUUGUGCGAAGUCCAAAUAUAGACAGACACAUUCCACCAGUCCUCCAUUGAGAUAUAUCAUAUGUCAAUAUCUACUUAAUUAAUUAACUAGAGAGAUGUAUUGAUAUUCAGCUAUAUAUAUUUACCUCUCUCCCUCCCUCUGUCUUUGUGUUAUUAAAAGGAAAAAAACCAUUGAGAUUAUAGCUUGUGAAACGGAGAGUAGAAAAAAUGAAUGUGUUGGCCUCAGAAUGCAGUAGUGGUUGUGAGUCUGGUUGGACUGUAUACUUGGAGCACUCUAAUUAUCUUUCUCGUAAUCAAAGUGCUUCACGCAGUAGAGAUAAUAAUUGCAAGAGCAAGCCUGAUUUUUGUGGUAAACAAGUUAUUCAUGAUGAGGAGGGGGAUGAUGAAGAAGAAGAUCAAUCAAUGGUUUCUGAUGCAUCUUCUGGGCCUCCACAUUUCAAUGAAGAUGAAAUUUACUUGGAUGAAAAAAACAACAACAAUAAUUAUGGGUGUUUUUAUCCUCCUCAAAUAUCCAAGGAUGCUGGAAAUUUGAAGUUUGGAAGAAAAAAGCAGCAGAGAAAUAAUAUCAAAGGAAAAGGUAGGCGCUCAUGUGGUGAUCAACAACAACCAUCUUUAUUAGAUGACACUGCUAGCUCUCCUGUCUUCAACUACUCCAAGAACAACUUCAUUGUGUCAAAUAAUCAAGCUUUUGGAGACAGUGUUCUGGAUUAUUCACAAGGUUUCUCAUCUACACAUUUUCAGUUCUUGCAGGGGAGAUCUGCAUACCAAGACCACUGUGGUUUCUUAAAAUCUACUCCAUCUGGAAAUAACCAGUGGUUUCAAGGGUAGCUAGCUACUCAGCUUCUGCUCUUUGUAUUCUACUAGUUGCAUGAUUGUACGGCAGCUGCUGCAUUAGUUGCUAGCUCUAGGAGUAGGGAAUGGUGGGAGGAGAGGCUCCAAAAGUAGAUGGAAUUUCGAUCUCAAAAGCGGUCUUGCAUGUUCUUUUUUUUUCUUUCUUUUCUUUCAUAUUUUUCUUUUACCUGUCAAUUCGAUAGGAAACAACCUAAGAGGAGAAGUUGGAAAUAAACCUUCAUGCUUUCAAACUUUAAUUGUUUUUAUUCGUCAACUAGCAGGUGGUGCAAAUGAGCUGGCAUUUUUUACUUACUAUAUAUACUCCUCCACCUUCUGUUCAACAAAUUGGAAAAAGGCUAAGCCUUUUAAAUUAGGCAAUCUAUGUGCAUCCAUUAUCCAAUGCCGCACUUAGUUUUUUAAAUGAUUUUUAGACACUUAAUUAUUUUAUUUUUUUUGGUUUGUUUAAGCUGAUUUGCGUUAUUCGAUUUCAUUGUCAUAAAUAAAUAAGGGGUGUACAUGAGAAGAAAAAUCGAGCGGGAAAGGGAAAUCCAUUUUUUAUGGAUCCAAAUCAUGCUAUUUUUACCAUGCCAUUGCAGUUCCUAAAAUAAAUCAGUUGGUAAAUAAUUAAGGAAUGAAUAAAUAGGCCUUAAGCGAUAAUCAUGUCUCCAUAUCA